AUGCUUUCUUUCAAUAACAGUUUCACACAGUUCUUCACACCUACAUAUGGUAACUGCUACACAUUCAACGUUCGUGAAAACGGUGAAACACUSUAUGCUACAUCUACAGGAGACGAAGAACCUCUUGCACUUACCCUGAACGUAGAAGGAGAUGAAUACGUUGGUGCUCUAUCGCCAUAUCUUGGGGUAAUUUUGCAAGUCCAUCAUCCCGACAUCAUGCCUUUUCCCAUCGAGCAUGGAGAGAAAAUGUCUCCGGGCUUUUCAACUAAUAUUGGUAUUUCMAAGAAACAAUUCUUACGUUUGGGGGAACCUUUUGCGUGUUUGAAACUAUGUGAAGCGAAUACUUCGAUAGAGAAGUGCGGUUGUGUUAAACCGAUUUACGAUAUCAAUCCAUCAUGCGAUCCCUUUAAUGAGACUGACAGAGCAUGCCUGAAAGAAAUGGAAGAGUCUUCUCUGGAGAAGGCUUUACUAGAAUGCAAAUGCUACCCACCAUGCAGUGAAACCGUUUACGAGUACUCGUCAUCUUUCUCUGUUUGGCCAAGCGAACAAAGCUGGAUAUUUUUAAAGCAAGACUUAGAAAACCGGACCUCACGCCCUAUUGUCUCGUCAUUGAAGUAUGCAAGGGAAAACUUACUCAAUGUCCACAUUUUCUACAAAACGCUCGGUUUUCGUACUACGGUAGAAAUGGAGGGAUAUAAGUUGGAAAAUCUAAUAGGUGACCUCGGCGGUCAGUUUGGUUUGUUUGUUGGGAUGUCUUUGCUCUCACUGGUCGAGGUUUUYGAGCUUGUCAUUGACCUCAUCACACGACUGCUGAAACGCGACCACAACAAUGUGCGAAGCAUAUCCAGAAAAAGCCAUGUUGAAACGGAGACAUAAUCUAUAUCAUAGAUACCAUAGAGGCAUAGAGACCAUAACCGGCUCGCUAAAAGCAAUGCAAUUACCCUGCGAGCAGAGCUUUUUUUUUUUUCCUGACCCUCCGUGGGAUGGCUGGUCCAAAACUUUGGAGACGGCUUCUACAAACAAAACGACAGAUUGAGGGCAGAGGUAUAUUUUCUCCCCGACCAGCCAUCCCACGGAGGGUCAGAAAAAAAACUUUGCUCUCAAGGUACAAUGCAAUAUACAAAAUUCUUAAAAACAUGAAAGAAAGACAGUUUGGUUACAUGAAAGAAAGACAGUUUGGUUUUGCAGAGGGAGCCAAAAAAAUUCCGUAGAGAAGUUAGACGAAAACGCAAUUGCACUAUUUUUUUCAAUAACAUAUAAGAUUAAUCACGAGCUCAAGAAUAUUUAAUUGAAU